CAAGCUCUUCCCAGGUGGAGGUCUGUCUUCUGCAUAGUUGGCAUUCCUUGUGGGGGAGGGGAGGCAGGCUGCAAAAGUCCUUUGUAUUUAAGGUAGAGUUGGAUAAUUGCAUUCUGAGCUUUUUCCAUUUGGCAAACAUUGUCCUUCAGGGCUUUAUUUAUCAGGGCAUUAGUACUGCUACUGCAGUUGAAAUUGCUCACUGUGCCCACAACCUUCUAGUCAAACACAUGAGAAGGGUUUCUACCCUGAGGAGUUGAAUAGACAACAGCUGUGGGUUGGGGAGUGACAAAAGCCAUAGCUUCUUGCCAUAGCUGUGCACUGCACUGACAAGUACAAGAUGUCACUGUUCCUAGAAACUUACCUCGUACAAGAGUUUGGAUUUUUUUGGCUUAUCCCCCAGGCUACAGAUAAAGACAUUCAGGAAAUCUUAAGCUGUUUGGAAUGAGGCAGGUGUUUGGGGUUCAGGGAAGUCUGUGUUCAUUCCUAGCUGUAUGCUUACCACACAUCUGUCUCUGGGAGGAGCUGCCAGUGUGCUGGUCUGCAGCACUUUGAUGCAGUUGGCAAUUGUGUGUGUGGGGAACUUCACUCCCCAUUUUGUCUGCUGAUGGAUGCACGAGACUAGAAUGAGAUGUAUUUGGUAGCCGUGUUGGUCUUAGACAAAAAUAAAUGAUACCUUUUAUUAGAUCAACCAAGAAAUCACAAAAAAAUUAUCUUUCUUUGUGUAUCAUCUCUGAACCAAGAGUUCGAGAGUUUUGCAUUUCUCGCAGACUAGAAUAGCAUUUAUUUCUGUCUCUGGUGAGUAGGGGCAGGCCUGGCUUCAUACCACAUGACUCUCUGUUAGGUACUUGUGUGACAAGUGCCUCCAUAGUACAGUGAGGUAUUGGGGCUGUACCCAGGGAUCGGGAGUGCCUCCAUGUGUUUUCAGACUACAGCCAAGGUACAUGGCAGCCUUCGCAGUCACACAGCUGAUGCCGUACCUGCACAAUUCACCUUCUCUUAGCUUCCACAGGUCCCUGAAGAUUCACCAAAGUCCUGCCCAGCCUGUGUAUCUCAUGAGCUGGUGGAAGUGCUGAGUAGCAGCCCAGUAUAUGAUUGGUUACCACUUGUCUCUGGUGUCUGGAUGUUUCCUCUAAGGUAUACUGCAUCUUAAAAAUAAGGAGUGUAACCCAUCCCAUUCCAAGCCCCUGGGAUUACUAAAACGCAACAAGUAAAUCCACUCUACUAGACACUUUGCAGCCCCUAAACCAGAAACUUUCUGCCUUAGGUCGUAACUUGUAAAUAAGCAGUUGGGAGUACAAUAAAAAAUUAAAACUGGAACCUGUUAGUGAAUGGAGGCUCUCUUACCUGUCUAUCACAGGUAGAGCCAAGCUUGUCUGUUUUGCUGCAUUAAUGUUCAAUGCUAAUUAAGCAUAGUAAAGAAGGGGUCCAUAUAAGGUAUGGCUUCCUUAUGCUAGUGAGCUGCCCCCAACUCUGGCAGGGGAACUGCAGAAUCCUGCCAUCUGUUUUUGGCAGGUGAAUAAGAUGGUGACUGCAGUUUACAAAUCACUGAUGCCAUUUGUGUGAAUGUAUUAUCUUAAGCAGUCAUCUUUCUCUUUCUUAGACAGAUCCAUUUGUAGAUGGAAAUCCACAAAUCAGGAAUGUUAGUCCCUGCCACAAACUGGGAUGGUUUUUUUUCCUUUUGAAUGUAAAUGGCUUGUGACCUGUAAAGAUGAGCUAUGUUAGUAAAUUUACUUGGGGAAGAAUUUGUCACCUGUUUUAUCAGCACUUUUGAAGUGUGGCUGUGAGUGCAUGAAUCCAGAUCUAAACGGAGAUAUCUCUAGACAACUUAGCACCUGUUUUUGAGAGCCCUUUUUAUCAGGCUUAUAAUCAUAAUUGAGUGAAAAAUACCAUUGGGAAGGGAAGCAGCAGCAUUGAGGUGAGUUUCUUCUACUGUUCAGGAUUAGUUUUGAAAGUAGAACUGGUUUGAUAAGAUGCUUCCUGUUUAAAUGUGUGAUAAAAUAUAUGUCCUUUGGCCUUAAGGAAGCCCCAGCCAAAAAUCUCUUCCCAGUUUAGUUGUUUGGGUGGUUUUUAUUACUUUGAAGCUGGGCUUUAUCUGCUGGCUUUUCUCAGACCAGUUGGCUGCUUAUCACAUCUGUAGAUCAGAUCUUCAAAGGUUUUGUCUGAAGAGUAGAGAUUAGAAUAAGAUGGUGACUGCAGCUUACAAAUCACUGCCAUGGUGUUAUGGGCAGUUGCCUUUGUCUGGAGGUGAUACUUGGUGGGGGAGGGGCUCUCCAUUCUUUCCUGGCCAUGCCUAUUGUAUGGAGCAGUGCUGCUAGCCAGGGGUGCUGAGACGCAAGUGCUGGCCCACUUUUAGCACACAACGCAAGGGGCGUGUGGGAGAAGGGAGUGCAUUCCUAGACACAGACUCACCGCGUUGCUGCUUCCAGCAAAGCUGUGUGAAAUGUCAGAAGGAAUUACCUCCGUGCUGGAACUGACAGCUGCACCGGGCUUUGCAGUGCUGGUGUUCACUGAACUCCUACAGCCAGGCUUAAAGCUUCAGCUUGGUAGAAGAAAGCGAUGAUUUCUAUUUUCCAUAAAUGUGGCUGCAGAGAUGAGGACUGACAGUCUGGCUCUCUAGCUGAGUGUCAAAAGCAAGUACAGUUGUUUAACCUGCAGCCAGCACCUCCCUGCUGUUCCAGCCCAAAGCUCACUGUGUGCUGUGCGAGACGGUCGCCUCCAGUAAAAGCAGGUUUGGGUAAUUCCUUGUCCGGAGUAUGGUAGGGAUUUUCAGGCUGUUUUGAGACGAGGCAGCUUUUACUGACUAUAAAUACAGGAGGACUAAUAACCGUAGCGGGUGUACUUAGCGUGUUUCAGAGCACUGGACAAACAGUACUGGCAUAUCAGGGCCUGGGGAGGACUCUGCUGUGCAGGUUCAGCGUCUGACCAGAGGCAGAGCAAGAUGAAGUAGCCCUCUGUGGCAGCUGCGGCAGUGACUGCUUGGCUUUAAAACUAUUCCCUGGUGCAUUGCUGUUCAUGAGGUCUGGGCCAGUGAGUUAAACUGUCAGGCUUGGUUGCUUCCUUCUGCCCUGAUGCAGCCAAGGCCAUAACUGGGGCAAUAAGUUGUUCUUCCUCAGGGCGAGCUGCACUGUACAGCUCUUCUUUCUCAAGAGGUUCAGCAAGCAAGUUGAAAGCACAGCGAAGACGGUGUGAUACAGCCCACGUCUCUGAUCUGGGCGCUGCGUGGUGGGCAUUAAUCUGACAGAUCCAGAGGCUUGGCUUUGUAUGUUUAAUUCUGCCUCCCCAGACUUCAAUGAUAGACUACCGCUGCUCUCCAGAGCAGGAUUUCAUGGUAAGGCACUUGGCUUUUACUUUGGCAGAAGCUUCUACCUUUUGGCUUCCUAUCAUAGCCUCCCUUUGGCUCACAGCUCCACCCCUAGUGAAUAAGGUUUGUUUCCUCACAGCCUCUUUAAUCACCCGCAUCUGUCUGUGAAGGGCUCCUCCUCCUCUCCCACCCUUGGGUGGAACCUGAGAAGGGAAAGCUAACUUGACAGCAGUUAGCUGGCAGCAGAGCUUGUGAGCACUCCAGCAACAGAAUGGCUGUCCAGCAAAGUUAAUAGUUAAAUUAUCCCUCCCAAGGGUGUGAUUGCUGCUGAAGUAGAAGAGAAGAUGGUUCCAGUCAUGGGAGCCAGGAAAGAUCUGAAGAGAAAUGGGCAGCUCCGGCCCCUGGCACUCCUUGGGCAGCUUCCAAGAGAGGUGCUCCGAAUGUCAAGACCCCCUCACUAACUGGUACUAUGAGAAGGAUGGGAAGCUGUAUUGUCACAAAGACUACUGGGGGAAAUUUGGGGAAUCCUGCCAUGGCUGCUCUCUGUUGAUGACUGGACCGGUAAUGGUAGCUGGAGAAUACAAGUACCAUCCAGAAUGCUUUGCUUGCAUGAGCUGCAAGGUGAUCAUUGAAGAUGGAGACACAUAUGCACUGGUGCAGCACUCCACUCUCUACUGUGGAAAGUGUCAUAACCAGAUUGUGUUGGCACCGAUGAUAGAGAAACACUCUACAGAAUCACUGCGUGAGCAGCUGCCAUACACGCUGACCCUCAUCUCCAUGCCUGCAGCCACUGAUGGAAAGAGAGGAUUUUCAGUGUCUGUCGAAGGGGGUUGCUCCAGCUAUGCUGCCAGUGUCCAGGUGAAAGAAGUCAAUGGACUGCACAUUAGCCCAAAUGUCCGAAACGCCAUACAUCCUGGGGACCGGAUCCUGGAAAUCAAUGGGGCCCCGAUUCGCACAUUGCAAGUAGAGGAGGUAGAGGCCCUGAUCCGCAGGACAAGCCAGACUCUGCAGCUGCUGAUCGAACACGACCCUGUCUCCCAGCGACUGGACAGACUGCGGCUGGACUCUCGGCUCCCAGUCCACAUCAAAACUCCCAUUUCCCCUCGUCCCAUUUCCCCUCUGGAUAUCAAGGAGAACCUCGAAGGAACACUGCGCCGGCGCUCCCUCAGGAGAAGCAACAGCAUUUCUAAGUCUCCUGGUCCCAGCUCCCCGAAGGAGCCCCUCAUUCUGAGCCGAGACAUCAGUCGCUCUGAAUCCCUGCGCUCCUCCUCCAGCUAUUCCCAACAGAUUUUCCGGCCUUGUGAUUUGAUUCAUGGUGAAGUACUGGGGAAAGGAUUCUUUGGACAAGCGAUUAAGGUGACUCACAAAGCAACAGGGAAGGUGAUGGUGAUGAAGGAGCUGAUUCGCUGUGAUGAGGAAACACAGAAGACUUUUUUGACGGAGGUGAAAGUGAUGCGCAGCCUGGAUCACCCCAAUGUCCUGAAAUUCAUUGGCGUGCUGUACAAGGACAAGAAGUUGAACCUCCUCACCGAGUACAUUGAUGGCGGGACACUGAAAGACUUUCUCCGCAAUGCGGACCCAUUUCCCUGGCAGCAGAAGGUCAGCUUUGCCAAAGGAAUUGCCUCAGGAAUGGCCUACUUGCACUCUAUGUGCAUCAUUCACAGAGACCUGAACUCUCAUAACUGCCUGAUCAAACUGGACAAGACCGUUGUGGUUGCUGACUUUGGUCUCUCUCGGCUGAUUGUGGAAGAGAGGAAGAAACCCACCUUGGAGAAGCCAUCAGCCAAGAAACGCACCCUGCGCAAGAGCGACAGGAAGAAGCGCUACACUGUGGUGGGGAAUCCGUACUGGAUGGCCCCAGAGAUGCUGAAUGGGCAGAGUUAUGAUGAGACGGUGGACAUUUUCUCCUUUGGGAUUGUUCUCUGUGAGAUCAUAGGGCAGGUGUAUGCUGACCCCGACUGCCUCCCUCGCACACUGGAUUUCGGCCUCAACGUCAAGCUCUUUUGGGAGAAGUUUGUCCCUGCUGACUGCCCCCCAGCCUUCUUCCCGCUGGCUGCCAUUUGCUGCCGACUGGAACCGGAGAGCAGGCCCCCAUUUUCAAAGCUGGAGGAUUCCUUUGAAGCCCUCUCACUGUACCUGGGGGAGCUGGGCAUCCCUCUCCCAUCUGAGCUGGAGGAGCUGGACCACAAUGUGAAUGUGCAGUAUGGGCUGAGCCGUGGCAAGCUGCCAGCAAACAGCACCUAGGCAACCUGUCCUGCUGUGGGUGCUACUUCCACUGGCCCCUGUGCGAGCAGCAGGUAGGGAGAGGCACUUCAGCCACUUCCAGGGCAUUCAAGGGCACCAUGUCACAUGCUUGCUGCAUCGCCUCCCUUGUGACACCUGUGUGCUCCCUCUCCUCGGCCUCUGGGUUUGCAGCGGAUUGAUGACACGUCUUGGAAGUGUAAGGGACCAUGUCCUGCCAGCCGCGCUGAGGAGGUUGCUCCACACAUGCUCCAGGCCCCACUAUCCUCAUUGCUGUGGUGGAUUGAACUUGACACGUGACUGUAAGCUGUGAAAUCAUCCUGGCCUCUCUGCCAGGAAGGGAGUUGCUGUAGGAAGCCUCCUUUGUUAGGAACUGUGUUUUUGGACUAGGCCCUGGCAGGCCCCCACCCUGGACCACUGCAUAGGAGACCUGUUGAAUUCACUACAAUGGAGAGUGCAUCUCUGCCCGGCUGCCUUGCUUCCACCCAUGCUCCAGAGCUGCCCCCAGGCUGGGAACUUGGCUCCUUGUGGAGGAGAAGCUCCAGGAACUGGAGCACCUCUAUUGCAGUGGCCACCUGUGGGUAACUCUAGUGUCUUUUCACACCCCCUGCAAAUACCUCAGAGCCAUUUGGAAACACUACAGCCAAGCUCUGCUCUGCAGCAGGAUGUGUCUGAAGCUAAGAUGGGGCCAGCAACAGGCCAUUAGUCUGAGCUGCUCAGAUGCCACCUUCCUCUGAAUCAGUCUGCACAACUGUCUUUCAAGUCCCAACCCCUGUGAAAUACACUACAGCUGGGAGUGCAUUCAUUGUUAUCCCCCAGCGCAGAGCAUGGCCCAAUGCUCCCAGCAGCUCCCUCAUGCCCUGACCAAGCAGGGUACAGCCAGAACCCAGCUGAGCCAGUGCAGUUGUUGAGGCUUUUGGGAAGGGGAGGUGACCUCUUGCUUUAACUUCACCUUCUUGUAGAGGGAGCUCCUGCAGAUGCUAGCUGCAGAGACCAACUCCAGUGCUGUUGCCCUCUUGACUUCUACCUGGUGCCUGUGCUGCAAGCAGGUGUCACUUGCUGUUACUUGGAUCCCUGCAGGGGCUAGAACAUGGUGUGAAAUCCUGGGUGGAGCAGAUGUGGCUGCUAGCACUGAGCGUGCGGUUGUGUCCUAGAAAUGGUGGGGCCUUCCCUGCCGCCUGUCUGGGGAGGCCUGUGGCUGGGUCCAGUGGGUUUUGGGUAUUCUGACUGAGAGCUCUGGUCCUCUGCUCCUCCCGCGCUGGACUGUGAGGGGGAACUCAAAGGAGGGUAACUUGAGCGCUUUGCGGGUAGGAACAUGAACUGUGUGACUUCAACGGUUGUUCUCUGACUAAAUUAAAAGCAAUAAAUGUACCCUGUGGAACCAUGGCUGUCUCCUUUCUCGAGUUUUUAUGACUAAGAGGAGGUGCUG